AUGCCAAUGUACUCAGCUUGUUAUUCUAAUGAUGACUUCUCUGUUUCAGGGUACUUUCGAAGCUUUACUGAUUACAAAACAAUGAAUGUAACUGAGUAUAUAAAAGACAUAAACAUUUCUAAAGAUGAACCUAAAGAGCCAAUUAGGCGCCCAGCCGAGCAUGAAGCUGCCUGGAUUCGUCUUAAUGUUGGUGGAAAGAUCUUUACAACGACACGUCAAACUCUAACGAGAGAUUGUCCGUCGUUUCUCCAAAAGCUAUGUGAAGAUGGAUCAAUGACUAGCCAUAAGGAUGAUUCUGGAGCUUAUCUCAUUGAUCGCGAUCCAGAAUAUUUUGGACCUGUCCUCAAUUAUCUACGUCAUGGUAAACUUGUUAUUAAUCCCGGUAUUAGCGAAGAAGGUGUCCUCGAAGAAGCUGAAUUUUAUAACCUUCCAACUCUUUCAACCAUGAUUAAUGAACGCAUUCAAGAGCGCAAAAAAAUAAUUUGCGAUGCAGCAUGUGAGAAGGCAGUUCGCUCAGUUUAUCGUGUACUUCAAUGUCAUCAAGAUGAAUUGACUAAUGUCGUUUCUGCAAUGGGCGACGGCUGGAAAAUUGUUCAGGUUCUGCCGAAUGGGCACUUCAACUUCUCAGCUGAUGGUCAACAAGAGUAUCUGUGCAUUGUUGUUCGCGAUUUCCCUGAGACGAAUCCUGUGGAAAACGUUAAUACUGAUCGAGCUCAACAUAUUCAGCAACGUUCAAGAAGUCAGUCAGCUUCUCACUUUACUUAA